CGUCAUUCUCAAUUUUCAGCGCUAAAUUUAUACCCUCCCUCUUCUCUCUUUCCAUCUCCAGCUGUAGAGGCCCUCGCCGGAGCCAGAGAGCCUAGAACCACUACAAUUCAGCUCCCGAUAGCACGUUCGUUUGCUUCUCCGGUGACCGGAAUAUUCGCAUUUCACAGCUUUAUUUGCGGCUGUGGUAGAGGUUUAGGUGUAUUUUGAGUUUCGGAGAGGCUUGAUCGGCCGUGAAAUGAGAGGUUAGGGAAGACGAUGAUGAAAAAGGCGAAGAGAAAUGUAGGCAAGUAUGAGGUUGGGCGAACGAUCGGCGAAGGAACCUUCGCCAAAGUCAAGUUCGCCAGGAACGCCGACACCGGCGAGAGUGUUGCCAUGAAGGUCUUGGCCAAAAGCACCAUUCUCAGGCACAGAAUGGUUGAUCAGAUUAAAAGAGAGAUUUCGAUAAUGAAGAUUGUCAGGCAUCCUAAUAUUGUGAGGUUGCAUGAGGUUUUGGCUGGCCGGACGAAGAUAUAUAUAAUUCUCGAGUUUGUAACUGGAGGGGAAUUGUAUGACAAAAUUGCUCGUCAAGGAAAACUUUGUGAAAAUGAAUCGAGGAAAUACUUUCAGCAGCUUAUAGAUGCAGUGUCUCAUUGUCACAGUAAGGGUGUGUACCAUAGAGACUUGAAGCCCGAAAAUCUUCUCCUUGAUGCUUACGAAAAUUUGAAAGUUUCUGAUUUUGGACUAAGUGCGUUGCCGCAGGAAAAGGGAAGUCCUCUUCACACAACAUGUGGAACGCCAAACUAUGUUGCCCCUGAGGUUCUGGGAAAUCAAGGUUAUGAUGGUGCAGCAGCGGAUGUUUGGUCGUGUGGGAUCAUCCUCUAUGUUUUAAUGGCUGGAUACCUCCCAUUUGAUGAGACAAGCCUUGCUACCUUAUAUAAAAAGAUUAAUGCAGCAGAGUUCUCCUGCCCGUUUUGGUUCUCUCCAGGGGCAAAUUCAUUGAUUCAUAAAAUACUUGAUCCCAAUCCUAAAACUCGUAUUCGGAUUGAAGGAAUCAAAAAGGAUCCAUGGUUUAGAAAAAAUUAUGCACCUCUUAUGUAUAGGGAGGAUGAGGAAGUCAGUUUAGAUGAUGUUCGUGCAGUCUUUGAGGACAUUGAGGACCAAUAUGCAGAAGAAAGGACAGAUAAUAAGGACGGUGGCCCUUUAUUAAUGAAUGCAUUUGAGAUGAUCACCCUCUCCCAAGGGCUAAAUCUAUCUGCUCUGUUCGACAGGGGACAGGAUUAUAUAAAAAGACAAACUCGUUUUGUUUCCCGCAAACCAGCCAAAGUUAUAAUUUCAAAUGUAGAAGCUGUUGCAGAAUCGAUGAGUCUAAAGGUCCACACGCGUAAUUUCAAGACAAGACUUGAAGGGAUAUCUGCAAAUAAGGCUGGACAAUUUGCAGUUGUCCUGGAGAUUUUCGAAGUUGCCCCAUCCAUUUUCAUGGUAGAUGUUCGAAAGGCAGCUGGUGAUACUCUUGAAUAUCACAAGUUUUACAAAAAAUUAUGUGCCAAGCUAGAUGAAAUCAUAUGGAAACCGAAAGAGGGUACGGCCAGUUCCAAUUUACUUAGAACAAUGACUUGCUAAUUCCUUGGGUGUGACGCAAAUCUGCAUGAAGGCCAUCAAAGUUAGGCAUUUCCACUCGAGUCGUAUACUAGCUAGUGUAUCCUAAAUCUACUGUAUGUCAGCCAAAAUGUCGUGGCAAAUUUCAGCGCGGACUCUGUCACCUUGUAUUUAGUAUGCAGAAGUAGUACAUCCCAGAGUAUAUAGUCGUGAAUCGUGAAUAAAUGAACCAUCCAGGUCUAUUUAUAUAGCUUUCCACUGCUAUUUCAUG